AUGUCCACGAAAAACUGCCUUCCCCUUAUUGACUUGGCUACAAAGCAAAGCCCUUCUACUAUCUCUAGUACACAGACAGCUCUGCAUCAAUUUGGUGCUUUUCGACUUGUGGCUCCAAAACUGACUCAACAAUGUUUACAUAGUGUUUUCCAAGAUGCAAGGGCCUUUCUUUCUGCUCGUGGAUUCUUCCAAUUGCCAACCCAAGUAAAAGAGAAAACAAGAGGUUACUCAGCCUUUGACUCUGAACUUGUUCGUGGAAAAACACCCAUUCCUAAGGAGACCGUAUACUUCAACAAAAAGGGCGCAGAGAACGAAUAUUCUCCGCCUUUAGGAUUUCAAUGUUCCGUCGAAGCCUUGCACGAUCCUCGAGCUAAUUCUUCACACGAAAAGGAGUGGACCAAUUUACGAAGUCAACUAUUCAGUACAUUGUCUAGCAUCCUAGACUCAAAGGAGUCUUUGAUAGGUACACCAUCUCUCGACUAUGAAUCUUUGGGUGUCAACUUCUAUGACUCUGAUAGACUAGGCGAUAGAGUUCAUUUCAGUCCAGCUCACAUGGACAGUGGCACAUUGACGAUUUUGGUCCGGGCUAGAGAAGCAUGCGAUGGGUUGGAGAUCGCCGAUCUUAGGACAACGGACAAGCUUGACAGCGAGGGUAUAGGACUAGAUGCCUCUUUCAUUUCCGUCCCAGCACUGCCCGAUGAGGUUAUAGUGCUUGCAGGAACUCGUUUACAGCGUCUUCUAGGCAGAAGCAAAGUGCGUGCGUGCGUGCACAGAGUUCGUAGUCCUACGCAAACAAGCUGUAACAGGUGUAUUGCAAACGACAGAUUAAGUCUCGCAAUUUUCUGCGGACCUCCUAUGAAAUAA